UGAAGCAUUUGUGGGUGUGGCUUAAUGUUAUCUCAGACCAGACCUUUCAAAUUUCAAUUUGUUGCUUGCACUGCCUGAAUCAGGCUUGUAAAACUCAUGAGGCCUUUGAGAAACGGUCAUGAGUUCUGUGAAGCCAUACAUCGACUGCAAAAUAGGGCUACUUUCAAGAGCCCAAAAUCGUUAUGAGGGGAUUUUGUACACAAUUGACAAAGUCAACUCCACAGUUGUUCUGGCAAAAGUCAAAUGUUUUGGAACGGAAGGACGACCUACAGAUAGACCCACACCUCCCAAAGAUGAUAUUCACGAGUAUAUCACGUUCCGGGGAAGUGAUAUCAGAGAUAUCACAUUGUGUGAAGCUCCAAAGCACCAUGGUCUACCUGCAGAUCCAGCAAUAGUACAGUCAUCAAGUGUAGGUCCUUCAAGUGCCUACCCACCUUUUAGUCCAAUGCAGAUGCCUCCCUACAGCCAGCUUGCUGCCAGUUCGCUUCUUACUCAUCAGUAUGCUGCAGCUCUUGGCCUUGGGUCCAUCCUUCCAGGUUUGCAUGUUCGAAAAGGCUUCAUGGUGGAAAAGGCAGUUCAAACUCUGAGUGCAGAAGAGUUUAGAGAGUUGAGUGUUACUGCACCUCAAGAGCAAGAUCAGCAGUGGGAGAAGAGAAGGCCUUUACGAGUGAGAAGAGAAACCAGAAGGGGCACUGGGUCCAGCAUGAGGUCAGUCCCGGUUGUUUCCAAUUCACAAGAAUCCUCUCAGCAGCAAAAUGGCAAUGGGCCUCCUACCAGACGGCAAGGUGCCCGAAGACGCAGGAACCGCAAUAGGGGCCCGCUGAUGGUAGCAAAGGGUCCCUCAGCCACUCUCAAAUUUGACACGGAUUUUGAUUUUGACUACUCAAAUGCACAGUUUAAUAAGGAGUUGGAGCGGGAGAUACAGGAUAGGUUGAAUAUGAAAGAUGGAAAUACAGACAUAAAACAAAGCAAUGAAGCGCAUCUGAAUCCAGAAGAUCAUUUUGGACCAAAAUGCUACUAUGACAAAGCAAAAUCCUUCUUCGAUAAUAUUUCUUCUGAUAAUAAACUUAGAUUAACCUGGGCAGAAGAACGCAAGCGCAAUCUGGAGACAUUUGGGGUGCCUGGAUGGUUUCGCAGGGGGCAAGGUAGCAGAGGGGGCUAUGUCGGGAGAAGGGGACGAGGCCCAACUCGUCGAAUUCCUUAAAGAACGGUAAUGGACAGCUGUACAGGUCAGGGAUGAUUGUAUGUGCUCUGGUUAUUUUUCAAAGUCUUGUUUUCUAUAAUUAUCUUCUGGAGAAAUUGAUGUAGAAAUUAAUGGAGAAUCUUUGAUAGCUAUUUCUGACUCUCUAAUAUUUCCAUUCCGCUGUGUUUUUAAUUUUCAUUUGACUGUCACUUCUGAUUGCAUGUCUGUUAUGUAAAAUUAAUUUUUCACCCCCUAAUUGCCCAAGGUACUUUUUCGUUAUCGUGUUUUUUUGACUUAUCUAACUGGAGUGCAGGUUAGGUUAAAUCCCCCACACUCACAUAUGAGUUUUUUUUUUUUUGUUUUAUCAAAUAUGAAUGAUAGCCUGACCUUGAGGUUCAUGAAGUUGUAUUUUGCGUUGUGGAAGCUGUGUAGAAUAUAUGUAAAUAAAAAGGAAUUAUGUCAAACAGAA